AUGCCGAUCCCAAAAAACGUCAAAUUUUAUCAAGGUACGUCCGGCGAAUACCUUGGUGGAUUUUAUCAAAAUGGCUCAGUGUCCAAGAACGACGCCUACAUGUUUCUCGAGAAUGUAUACCUUAUUCUCACCUUGCCCGUCAAACUACGCAUGAAGGAGACAAAUGAAAUUGUCCGUCGGGAUAAUUACCGGUUGCCAAAGAAGGAUUAUAAUGUUUUUUGUGAUGGCCCGAUCGUGUUGAACAAUGAGGUCACUAUUGAUCGCAUCUUGUCCUUUAAAAAUACUGCUCAACAGGUGUUUUGUGACCAGGUUCGCCAGCGAGAUCGAGGUGAGUCAGUCUUUGUGUCCGAGAAUUUUGACCGGUAUAUCACGAAUUAUCACCCUCAGGGUACGACGAAUGCCCCAAUCAACUCCUGUCAGAAUGGGCUGCUAAUGGACUACACGCUUCAUCAGGAGUUUGAUUUGUUCCAAAUUGGAAUCAACCCUGAUAAUAACUACAAAAUCACUCAUCUCGCGUGGGAUUGA